AUGAGCGCUUUCUGCUGCCCGCAGUGCCGGACCACCUUCCCCGAGCGCCCGCAGCUGCAGAAGAACACGGUGCUGUGCCGGGUGGUGGAGCAGCUCCAGGGCUGCGUCGGGGUCGAGGACAAGGUGAAGGCGAAGGAGGUGGAGGUGGAAGAGGAGGCGGAGGAGGAGGAAGCGGCGAGGUGCGGGGCGAGCGUGUCCUGCGUGCUCUGCGACAGCUGCCAGCAGGCGCCGGCCGCGCAGACCUGCCUGACCUGCAUGGCCGCCUUCUGCCUCGAGCACCUGCGGCCGCACCAGGACAGCCCGGCCUUCCGCGACCACCAGCUCUGCCUGCCGCUCCGCCACCUCCACCGCCGCAAGUGCCCGCAGCACAACAAGCUCUUCGAGUUCUUCUGCAGCAAGCACGGCAGCUGCCUCUGCUCCCUCUGCCUCCUCGACCACAAGCUGUGUCACACCAGCCCCGUGCAGCUGGCCAAAGCCGACGCCGAGUUGGCGCUGAAGAAGAAACUCGUGGAGCUGCAUGAUCAGAGUCAGAGAGCUGCUCAGGCAAUGAACACUGUGAAGAGAAACCAAAGCCAAGCUGCUGAAGAAGCUUCCAAAAAGAAAGAUUUUAUCAGAAGUGAGUUUUUGGAAAUUAAAGCUUUAAUCGAAGAAAGAGAAAAUCAGGCCUUGAAAAUAAUUGCAGAGGAAGAAAAAAGAGUUUGCAAUAAGUUUGAUUAUAUUUACUCUGUUCUGGGAUAUAAGAAGAAAGAAAUUCAGUCUCUCACAGAUAGGAUUGAGAAGGCGCUGACUGAAAACGAUGACAUUCUGUUCGUGAAGGGAGCAGCAGCACUACAAAAAACAUCAGCAAAAGAUGUUUUCGUUCCUGUAGUUGAAAUGAACCAAAACUUGAUACAUUCCACUUUUCUGUCUACCAUCAACCUUAAAGACACUGUGAAACUUUCAGUGACUCAGGGUAGGGAGACAAGAGCAGAAGCAAAACUAAUGGCUGGGAAAACUAAGCCCCCUCCAGCAGCUCCUCCAAACAAAACCAGUUUUGGAAAGAAGACUCUGGGACCACAGCAUACUGUGAGAGAGAAAACCUCUCACCAGACUCAAGCCACUUCGCAGGUGGAGGCAGAUACCAAGGAGAAGAAGAAACCUAUUAAAGUUGCACCAACCACAGGAACGGUAAAUACUGCACCUACCGUUUCACUUAAAGGGCUUAUUGACAGCUUUCUGAAGAAAUCCAGAAAGGAGCUUUUGGAGUAUGCUGCUAACAUCACGCUGGAUUUCAACACAGCUCAUAACAAAGUGGUUCUGUCUGAGAGAUAUACCAUGAUGUCUGUCUCAGACACCUCCCUGAAUUAUAACCACCACCCUCAGCGCUUCACCGACUGUUUCCAAGUGCUGGGGUUCCAGUGCUUCAAGAGAGGUGUCCACUACUGGGAAGUGGAACUGCAGCAGAACAACUUCUGUGGCAUUGGCAUCUGCUACGGCAGCAUGGACCGGCAGGGACCAGAGAGCCGCCUGGGGAGGAACAGCAGUUCUUGGUGCAUUGAGUGGUUUAAUUCCAAAAUAUCAUCCUGGCAUAAUGAUGUUGAAAAGUGCUUACCCAAUGUGAAGACUACCAAGGUUGGUGUGCUGCUCCACUGCGAGGGAGGGUUUGUGAUUUUCAUGGCUAUUGGGGAGAAGCAUAACUUGAUUUAUAAAUUCAAAACUCAGUUUACUGAAGCCUUGUACCCUGCCUUCUGGUUAUUUUCCAGUGGCACUGUUCUCUCUCUCUGCCCAAUGAAAUAGUAAGGUCUCAUAUCAUCAUUUAGUUUACCUUAGUACUUACAUGCAGAUAAUCAGUCCUGCGGCAACUCUUUGUAUGUAUUAGCCUAAGAAGUCUUGAAAAUUGAGACAAAAAUUAUUAGCUCUUUUAAGCAGUUUAGGAAAUCUGCUGAUUGCUGGUCUGAAUUGCUAAAGCCUUUAGAUAGUGAUGUAGUAAAAUGUUGAUGAUUGUGA